AAAUUAUCAAGUACAAGUACUGUGUUUAUAUUUUUUUAAAGUUUAUUAUUUCGAUUUUCACUAACAAUGUUGACAUAACGGAUACCAGAAAGAAAUAUUAGAGCAAUUUUAGUGCACAGUGAUGCUUUUUUUCUGUAUGUAAAUAUAUAUAUGUGUAUUUUGAGUAUCUUUUGUGAACAAAAAUUAAUGAGUACUUUAUAUGAAGAUUUUUGUGAAGAAUUUUGUUAAAGAUAUCUUCAAGACAUCUUGCAAUUUAAAAUGUCUCACACAAUUAUAAGCAAUCGUGAACGACAAGAGGAUGAGGUGACUGCUCUGUCCAACGUCUACGAUGAGAACGAAUUCUUCUCCACAAAAGGAGAGCAGAUAAAGUGCACAAUUAGCGUGUUUCCAUAUUUUUCUAAGAAAUUAGAAGUGAAUUUUGCCGACUACACUUCGUUUAAUACAACCUCUGAUAUUAACGAUAAAAUAUUUGUUGAAUACUUGCCUCCAAUCAAAUUAUACAUUUCUCUGCCUGAUUUGUAUCCAUCUCAAAAGGCACCAAAUUUUUUCUUGUCCAUUACUUGGCUACCCCUUUGGAAGAUAUCUUUUAUUUGCCAGAAAUUAGAUGAAAUAUGGGAAGAGAAUAAGAACAAUGAAAUCCUCUUUCAUUGGAUAGAAUUUUUGAAACAUGGUGUCUUUGAUUUGCUUGAUAUACGAACAAUCUUAGACGUUUCCUUCAUGAAUACAAUUUACACAAAGUUGGACAAUCUCUCAACGUUCCACUCAUUGUCAGAUCUCAGAGCCAUAAAUGGUGCCUUAUCCUUGAAUAUAAAGAAAUUGUUAAUGAAUUACGACAGAGAGCAACACUUAACGCAAUUUAACAAGAAAGAUUUCACUUGUGACAUAUGCUUUGAGAAGUAUAAGGGGCUAAAGUGUAUAGAAUUGAAGAAUUGUGGGCACGUUUACUGCAAGAGCUGUAUGCAAGAAUAUGUGCGUACCAAGCUUGGCGAGUACGUGAAGAUUAUAUCGUGUCCAACGUUAGAUUGCAAAUGUAAAGUACAUGCCAAUGACAUUAAGAUCCUCUGUCCGAGCAUAUUUCCACGAUAUGAAGAACUCAUGGUGCGAGUAGCGUUGGACACUAUGAACGAUGUGAUAUAUUGUCCAAAAAUUUCUUGUCAGUAUCCGGUUAUCAGGGAUCUUAGCGACACUGCGCCCAUUUGUCCUAACUGCAACAAUUGUUUCUGCAUAUAUUGCCGUAAGGUGUACCACGGAACUGCGCCAUGCGAGAUGACGUCGGAUCAUAUUAAGGAACUUGUAAAAGAGUAUAAGAACAGCGAUGAUAAAAAGAAGAAGCUGUUGGAGAAGAAGUACGGUAGACGACAAAUGCAAUUGGUUGAGAAACGUCUUACAACUGAUUAUCUAAAAGACAACGCGAAAAGCUGUCCGAAAUGCCGCAGUUUCAUUAGUAAAACCGAUGGCUGUAACAAAAUGACGUGUCAACACUGUCAAUGUUGCUUCUGCUGGCUGUGCGGUGAAUGGAUUACCUCGAUGAAUGCAUAUGAGCACUUCACCAACGUUAACAAUUUGUGUUUCGGACGUUUGUUCGAGAACAUGGAGAACGAUGACAAUGAUGAUAUAAUACAAAAUAUAAUCUGGCUUGAAUAUGCAUUGGACUUGAAUUAGAUAUGUUUUCGAUAAGUUUUUGAUCGACAUAACGAAGGUUCAAUUAGGAUUUUUUUAUUGAUAUUUUUUGAGAUUGUGAUAUAUUGUGUUAUUAAUUACUAAAUUUGAUUGAGAUUGUGGUAUAUUGUAUUAUUAAUUACUAACAAGGAAUCAAUAACAACAAAGAACAUUUAUAAAAUUUAAAAAUUUUAAAUGGGUACUUUUUUUUAUCGGCAAGCAUCUCGCCAAUUUAUUGUAAAAAAAUAUUAGUUUGAGUUUUGUGAAUCAUUAAUAUCAUGAUAAUCUCAUGUACAUAUUUGCAUUUGUAAAUGUAUAUGCUGAAUUUUGUACAAAAAAAUAGACAUGUAUGUGUAUUUU